CCGUCUCCAAGAUGAAAGAGUUUAAUAGCUUUAAUGUUCCAGAUAAAAUUUUACAACCUCGACUAACACAGAAUAGAAUUAACAAAUCGUUAGAAAUAUUAAAGAUACUACUGGCUCACGAAUUUGAUGUGAACAUACGUGACAACUACAGGAAAACAGCUUUACAUUACAGUGUGGAAUAUGAACAGUUAGAAUUUACACACAUGCUGCUUGAGGCAGGGGCUGAUGUAAAUUUACUUGAUGACAACCAUGACACGCCUUUAGUUAUUGCUUGCCGCUUGUAUCUUAACCUGCAGAAAAUAAACGAACUGGGUGAUUUUGGCGGAAGUUCAUUGGAUAUUUCCCACUAUAAAGGUCUAAUGACAUCGACAAAGAAAAUGCGUUCAAGGCUCAAUUACUUGGCCAAAAUGGUAGAAUCUCUUAUCACUCCAGAUGCGCGUGUAAACAUUGCUGACAAAGAUGGCUACACGGCCUUACAUCUGGCUGCUGAGACGGACAACGUUCAAAUAGUUCAACGUUUACUUGGUGCAGGUGGCGAUGUCAGGGUAGCGGCCAACACUGGGGAAACUGUGCUACACUGUGCAGCAAGAAGUAGUUGCAGUGAGAUUAUGGAUAUACUUUUAAGUGAACCACAAUCAGCAGAUGCCAUUAACGCCAGAAUGACAGAGCUAUUUGAAAGAUCUAACAAACGUCUGAAGAGAUUUCACGGUCACGAGCAGGUGUACAACAGUCGAGUACACCAAGUUGAUUAUUUAGAUCACAAUAACAAACGUUCACAAGUUUGUCUAAAUACUUUGUCUGGUAAAACCGCUUUAAUUGUUGCGUUAGAGAACAGCAACGAGCAGACAGCUUUGAAAUUGUUGUCUCGUCACCCUGACCUCAAAGUCCACACAGAUGAAGGCUACACAGCGUUGCACUUCGCUGCAUUUGAAUCAUGCACAGACGUAGUGCGGCAUAUGCUACAAGCAGGAUGUAAUGUAAACGUACAGACGGAAGAGGGACACACGCCUUUAAUGUUAGCUGGAAAUAAGGAGAUUGCUCUCCUGUUGUGUGACGCAGGUGCUGACGUGAAUUUGGUGGAUAAAAACGGCGACAAAGCUCUACACCUGGCGAUAUACAGAAGCGAAGCAGACGUUGCUCAAGUUUUGAUAAAUAAAGGCACUGUCAUUGAUGGAAACUUUCCUGAACCUCUGCCACCUCUGGUAUUGGCUGCAGCUCUGAAUGCGAUCACCAUUGUCAAAAUGUUACUUAAAGCUGGAGCUAACGUUAACGUCUUGUCUUCUUCUGGGAUAUCUCCAUUGAUGGCAGCAGCUGCUUGUGAUUCUAGUGGGUACAAUAACGCCGAAAUAUUUCAAAUCCUCAAUGAACACGGAGCUGACUUUAACAUGACAGGCAAGAAAGGCAGAACAGCUCUCAUGUAUUUAGUAAAGCGCGGCAAUCCGCAACUUCAUUUAGGUACAUUUUUGUUCUAUGGAGCUGACCUUAACAUUGAAGACGAUGACAAUAGAUCAGCACUAACUUACCACUUAUUAGAAGAUGAGAGUAAAUUCCAGAUUAGUUUAAUAAAACUCCUAUUAAAAUCUGGACAGAAUCCACUAGUUGAUGUCAAGUAUCGCUAUCUGCUACAAAAGCAUAAAUUACUGUUACACGAAGCACAGUUUUUUUAUUUUGUUUUUUUUUUGUCUUAUCCUAUGGGGUCUAGUUUUAUAUUUCCUGAAGAUUCGUGUUAUCUUCUGCAAUUGCAUGUUUGCAAUGGGGUAGUAUUAAAGCAUUCAUAUAAUCUACAACCUACCAGUGAAAUAAAUACAUUCACAGCUUUGAUGCUAUCUAUACACUUUGGCAACUUGGAGUUGAUAAAAUAUCUUUUAGCUACUUGCUACAUGACUGUACAAGAUCUCAGACAACUACGUCAGGUUGACCAAUCAACAACUGGGGCAUAUAACACACGUCUUGAGCCUGAGCUACUAAAUGUCAUAACCGCAGCUGUUUCCGAACCCUGGCCCCUAGUCAAACUUGCUUUUAUAACGGUGUCGACAAUGUUGGGAGAAAGCCCAGAACGAGAAGAGCGUCUCUCACAGACCAACUUACCCCCACAAAUGAAACAACUUUUGAUGUUCCAAUCUCCAGUUUCAUUUCUUCCUGUCGACGAUUGGUGCAAGAUUUCCUUGUGUUAUGAUCCUGUUGAUUAUGAAACAUUGCCGCGACCUCGACCUUUGAUGUAUCACUGGCCUAUGGGCAUUAAUCUUGUUAGCUAAAAUGGUUCUAUUUUCAACGCUUUAAUAAUUAUACCAUAUUAUAUUACAUCAUCUGCCAUCUUCAACCAAGCUAUGCAUCUAUACAGCAUCUCACAUAAUACUGCAGCAAAAAUAAGA